GCAAGCGGCGGCUCAGACAAGAGAGAUUGCCUCACGGCGCUCUCCAUUGGACCUUCCGUAUAAUAUCAGAUAUACUCACCACUCCGCCGUCCUCAAGAGGAUACGCAUACCACGCUUGUGCUUCCCUUGAUAUGAUAUCCGAAUCGCCGUUAGUAAUACCUAUAGGCAGCUACGUACUUCAAUUUAUUUUUUUCUCGGACCGUUUCCAUCCUCAAACUCUCUUUCAACUUCCGGCCAAGACCGAAAGCUUUCUCUGAAGCUUGCACGCAUCUUAUAUCUAGUCAGGCGGGAAACUUUACUGGAAGAUCCGCUGCCAUUGAAUAGGCGGGUUUACAGAGUUAUCUGAGUUCAAGACAAGCUGUACUGCAAACCCGUAAGGAUGCCAUUCCUCGAAAACGGUUCGGAGUCGUCUUCUCUGUCCGAAGCCGAUGGUACGGCACAGGACGCCUUCCAAAAGCUCGUUGCAGAUCUGAGCGCUGUCUUGGGUCCCAGCUCAGGUCUUGAUUCCGACGAUGUCGACCCGGUAGACAUCCAACGGCUGAUGGAGAAGUAUGUCUCCAAUGAGCAAGAGUGGACGAUGUACGCGAUGGGAGACGCCAGUAGGACGUAUACAAGAAACCUGGUGGACGAGGGUAACGGAAAGAGCAACCUGCUUAUUCUUGUCUGGAGUCCGGGUAAAGGGAGUGCAAUCCACGACCAUGCUAACGCACAUUGUGUCAUGAAGGUCCUAAAAGGCACCUUGCAGGAAACGCUCUAUGCGUGGCCAGAAGAGGACAAGGUCAAGGAAGGACAAUCGUCACCUCUCCACAUCACAAAGCAGACCAAAUAUGGCGAGAACCAGGUGACUUACAUGUCUGAUAAGCUGGGUCUCCAUAAAAUCUCGAACCCCGACCCCAGCAACUUCGCCAUUUCGCUACACCUCUAUACCCCACCCAAUGCCGCGACUUAUGGAUUCAGCCUAUUUGACGAGAAAACCGGAAAAGCAAAGCACAUCAAGCAGUGCGAUUUCUAUUCGCGACAUGGACGAAAGGUCUGAGUUUCCAGUUGUGUAUAAAUAGCUUAAUACCCUCUUCUGUCUACGAUAUCCUCUUUUGGCCUUUCUUUGGGGCGGUUUUCUCCAGUUUCCUCCUCUCUUCGUACGGCGUCUGUGCUUGCUAGCAUCA